AUGGGUAAAUCGAUUCAAGCAGAAAUCCGGAAAUUAAUCGAAGCAUGCGAACCGUAUGAAGAAUAUCGAAAAAGUUUCCGAAUGGUUUAUUGGAAUCUUUUGGUUGUUUGUGGAAUGGAGAAUUCGCCGCCAUUGUCAAAUAUUAUGGAUUGGGAUAUUGGACAUUUCAGAUUGAAAUCGAAAAAUGAACAAAAAUCAAUGGUUUUGUUGCACGAGUUGGAAGCAAUGUCGGUUGGAUAUUGGCAGAAAUGCAGAAAUGUGGUAAGUAUUUAUAAUGGCAUGAACGAUAUAGUGUAGAUCACAAACUUCUGCACAGAUAUCCUUGAAUAUAUCUCCCUAAACUUAUAUUUGUUUUUUCCAGAUGGGUGAAGAGCAAAUGAUCAAAGAGAUCAAACCAAUCCUGGAAUUUGCCGCCAAAACCGAACUCGAUGCUCAACAACAAAACAAGAAAUCGUUGCAAAUCUUCCAAGACUUCUUCCACAAUGGUUACGAAAAAAUGCGAACUGAUAUGGAAGAUAUUGGCAAGAAAACAUCAGAUCUCGAAGAUCUUUUCGCAACUGAUCCGAAAAAGAAAGUCACUUUUGAAAAGAGUUUGGCCAAAUUCAAACAAAUCUCCGAAAAGAUUUAUAAAACAGUCAAUCCAAUCGAGCAAGUUCAAGCCGAACAUAUUUCGACUAUCAAAAUUAUUUUUCGAAAUAUCGAAAAUUUGAAUGAUGCUUUGACAGUUUGUUAUAAUUCUUUGGAAGGAAUUGGAAAGAAGAAAUAUGGACACGAUCAAGGAAAAAUGGCAAGAGUUUCGAAAGAAGAAAAAAAGAAAGCUGCACUUGCUGCAUCCGAUGUUUGA